AUGCCUCGCGGCGUCAAGAAGGAGGAGAGCAUGCAGGAUGCAGACUACUUGCCCGACGCGUCAGUGCCCGCCAUGCCAGACGCGAGCAAUGGCGUAGGCGGGGCAGACACGCCCAACACGGACAACAUCACCAUCAAGAACCACUUCCCCGUCGCCCGCAUAAAGCGCAUCAUGCAGGCCGACGACGAUGUCGGCAAGGUCGCCCAGGUCACGCCCGUCGUCGUUUCGAAAGCGCUCGAGCUCUUCAUGAUCUCCCUCGUCACCAAAGCCGCCGCCGAAGCCAAAGCGCGCAACUCCAAGCGCGUCGGCUCCAUCCACCUCAAGCAAGCCAUCACCAAGACCGACCGCUUCGACUUCCUCAACGAGAUCGUGUCCAAGGUCGCCGACGCGCCCGAGAAGAGUGAGGGCGACAUGGACGUGGAUGGCAAGAAGAAGAAGACGACAAGCCGGAAAAAGAAGAAGGCAGAGAGCGAUGACGACUUCUGA